AUGUGUCUUUCCAACCGCCAUUUCAAUAAGAAGGAGACGAAGAAGAAGCAGCGAGAGUCUUUCUUGCCGAGGCGAAGAGACCUGAAACUGUUAGAGGUCCAAGUCCUCCGAGACCCUCCAGAGACUCCCUCAAACCCGAGACAAGAGCUGAAAGAGACCGCUGAGGAGGAGGAGGCGGCCGGUGGCGGGUUGGCGCCCCCGUAUGAUGAGUGGCCGCAGUGCAGCUUCACCUCUGCGGACUCUGGCUGCUCCGCUCUGCUCUUCCACGAGAUGGGAGGGAUGGAGGAGAAACUGCGGCCCGUCGAGCUGCACCUGGAGUUACUGAUGCAAGAAGCAGAUCGCUUACAAAAUAAACUUUAUGAAUGGCAGGGCAAUCAAAAGGUUAAGGAGCUAGCCAGCAUGCUGACAAAUUUACUGGACACCUGCCAGCCUUUCUUCAACUACCUGGAAUCCAAUGCUCAGCGCACCAUGCCCCAACACACCCCUCUGCCCCUCUGCUCAACACUGCUGCAGUUUUCUCAGAGGCUGUGUGCCAGGUUGGAGCAGCUGGUGCUGGCCUUUGCUAAACACAACCUUGUGUCUUUGGUCGAGACCGAUCCUGACAGUUUGUCUCAGCUUUAUAUAGGACAGUUCCAGGUGGACAGAGUGAGGCUAACCAUGUUCCGCUAUUGUGAACCGGCACCCUUCCUGGCUCAGGCCGACACUGGCCUGUACAAACACAUGCGGUGGAACGUUGAGUGGCUCAAAGAUGACCAGCAACACCAGACAGAUGGACAGCAGGAAUUCACUGACACAGAAUACUACUUCCUGUGCCACGAGGAGAAGGUUCCCGAGAUGCAGACCGAGAGCGGCAGAGAUGGCGAAAAUGUGACGGACGCUGUUACUGUGAAGAUAUGGUCAAUUGGUCAGUGGGUCCAGGUACAGCCCGACCCCGAGACAGAGGACAUCCUUGACUGGAUCCUGUGUGAGGUACCCCAGGCCACGUAUCGCAAGCUGUUAUGUGUGGGCAGCGAGGAACCCUCAUCCUGCAGUGCUACAAAUUACCUCUUGGAACUGCUGUUGUCCGAGCAAACGCCCAAGACCAAUGACAGUUUCCCAGGUUGCAAGAAUGACUUUACCGAAUGCAAGAGUGUACCUCUGUGA